AAUAUGCACAGCGUACUAAAAGAACACAGAUAGAGCCAUAAAAAAACAUAACAGAUGGGGACCCAAAGUUCCAAACGACAUCACAUAGGGGGCAAGAGUAAGAAGCAACAGCACUAUCUUAGGCUCUUAGCGGACCAUAAUUUCGUGUAGCUGUAACGCACAUCACUGUGAAAAAGAAAUCAUUGAGAAUUGAGAAAGAGAAAAAUACAGAGAGAGAAAUUUUACUGACAUAUAGGUAAUUAACAGGUAACAGACAAGAUCCCCUCCAUAUCAUAACAAAUCCACAUGCUUCCAACAUAAAUUAGUAAAAUUACCAUUCAUUCAUUAGAGAUCUACUUAUCCUGUUUAGUUCCCUUCACUUCACUCCACUCCACUCCACCGGAACCGCCACCAGUCAUGAUGAUUGCGAAGCCGCAAAGGCCGCCACCGUCAGGGGGCACCAACCUAGCGUCUUGUUUGGUGGCCACCAUCUUCUUGAUCUUCAUCCUCAUCGCCAUCUUUCUUGUUUACUUCAUACUCUUCAGGCCUCAGGAUCCCAAGAUCGCCGUCAGCGCCGUCCAGCUCCCCUCCUUCUCCUUCUCCGCCUCCAACGCCACCGCCAACUUCACCUUCUCACAGUACGCCUCCGUCACCAACCCCAACCGCGCUACCUUCUCCCACUACGACAGCUCCCUCCAGCUCUUCUACUCCGGCAACCAGGUCGGCUUCAUGUUCAUCCCCGCCGGCACCAUCGAAGCCCAAACCACAAAGUACAUGGCCGCCACCUUCCACGUGCAGUCUUUCCCCUUGUCACCUUCAUCUCAGCCGCUGAGCGUGGGUCCCGCCGCCGUCUCUAGUGGCGGCGUCAUUGGUAGAGUGGGCCCCGCAUUGGAAAUGGAGUCGAGGAUUUCGAUGGCUGGGCGCGUGAGGGUUCUGCACCUCUUCAGCCAUCACGUGGAAGCCAAGACUCGUUGCAGAAUUGCAGUUUUAGUCACCGAUGGAUCCAUCAUAGGUUUUCAUUGCUAAAAUUAAUUCUUUCUUCCUUUCACUUUUCCUUUGUGGCUUUGUCUUUGGUGGAGAAAGUAUUUUCCAGACCUUGAUGGACCAUAUAAAAAUAUUCCAAAUGAAUGGCUGAGAUUGCAU